AUGGCAGCCGAGCCAGAGGACAUCCCCGACGAGGAACCCUUCUCCCCUUCCAUCUUUCUUAACCUGUCCCCGACUCCUCCGCACCCCGGCGAUGAGCAGGACCCGGCGGCAGCCUCGUCAUCCAACUCGUACCACCAAGCUCCGCAGACCUCCACUGAGAUCCUGUCCAUCGUCUCCGACCCGUGCGUCGCCAACACCAUUGAUGUCGGAGUAGGCACAUGCUUCCCCGACACCGCCCCCGUGUGGGACGGCGUGACCUGGCCUACGACCCGGUCGAGCUCUCGCAGAAGCUCCUUUCUUCUACGACUACUCCUCCAUACCCAAACAGCAUUGGACGCGACGGCGGACUCACCAUGGGCCUAA